AUGGUCAACACAGAGAAAUGGAACUACGGCAUUGUCCUCGACGCUGGCUCGUCAGGCACGCGUAUCUACAUCUAUCGAUGGCUGCGGAAUGAAGUAGCCCGCCUCGAGGCAGACACUCAUACGCAGUUGCCUGAGAUCAAGACGAAGAGCAAAUGGACUAAGAAAGUGCACACAGGUCUGUCCACUUACGGACCGACGCCACAACUAAUUGGCGAUGACCACUUACAACCACUGGUCGAGCACGCGCUGAAAUAUGUACCAAAAGAACUUGUGCCGGAGACACCGGUUUUCCUGCUGGCCACGGCCGGCAUGCGAUUGCUGCCAGAUCAGCAGCAGACCAACGUCUUGAACGCGGUCUGCACCUACUUCAAAGAGAAAACAGACUUCUAUCUCCCUGAUUGCGAUUUACAUGUACAGAUAAUACCCGGAGAAACAGAGGGGCUCUAUGGCUGGAUCGCAGCAAAUUACCUGGUUGGCGGUUUCAAGUCGCCCAUAACCCAAGACCACAACCAUGGCAAAGGACACCACACCUACGGCUUCCUCGAUAUGGGCGGCGCAUCCUCUCAGAUCGCUUUUGUCCCCAACACCACCGAAGCAGCACGACACGCCGAAGACCUCAAACUCCUCCGUCUGCGCACAAUCGACGGCGUCAACACGGAAUAUAAAGUCUUCACCACAACCUGGCUUGGCUACGGCGUUAACGAAGCCCGCAAGAGCUAUCUCGACACCCUUCUCUCCACCUACGGCCCAUCCGUAAAUGAAUAUCCCGACCCUUGCCUCCCUCACGGCGUCCGCAUGAGCAUGGACUCUUCCUCAAUCCUCGACAUCUCCACCACAAACAAACACCUCUUGGGCACCGGCGACAUCGACCAAUGCCUCAAAGACACCCGACCCCUCCUCAAACUCGACGCCGUCUGCCCAGACAAACCCUGCCUAUUCAACGGCCAGCACGUGCCCGCUAUCGACUUCGACGUGAACCACUUCAUCGGAAUUUCCAACUACUGGCACAACACCCACGAGAUCUUCGAGAUGGGCUACGACGACAAAGUCUACGACUUCGCGACCUACCAAGCCCGCGUCCGCAAUUUCUGCUCGCAGGACUGGGCUGACAUUCAACGCAACAUCAAGCUCGAGAAAUGGGGGCAUAAAGUCGACGAGGCGACCGCGGAAGAAGUCUGCUUCAAGGCCGUGUGGAUGAUCAAUAUGCUGCAUGAGGGCAUUGGCGUGCCGCGGGUCGGGAUCGACACUAAUGCUACCACCAAACCACAAGACUUCAACUCUCCCUUUCAAGCAGUCGACGAGAUCAAGAACACCGAAGUCACGUGGACAUUGGGAAAGAUCCUCUUGUAUGCUACUUCUACGAUCCCCAUGCUCGACGCAGCAAGCGUCGUCGACGGCAUCGAUCCUAGUCCGGUUGGGUUCGGAAGCAACGACGGCAGCUUAAUUCCCGCGGACUUCACCUUUCCUUCUUCCAAGGGCGCGCUCAAUGCGCCUAGUUCCCCGUCUUACACCGGCGGGAUCGUAGACAAAGUCCACUCCACCCUCUUCAAAUCCGACUCCGCCCACCGCCUGCCCGGCCUCAUAUUUCUUCUAUUGAUCCUCCUGAUCAUCUCAUUCUUCCUCUGUGGCCGCGACCGGCGCAAUCGAUUUUACCAUUCUGUGGGCCUGGGCUCGUUGGCUUCGCAACCUGGUUCGUCGGGCGCAACGGUCUAUAGGAAAGCACCCGUUACGUCUUCAGGUGCUGGACUUCCGCGGCGGACUGGUGUGUUGGUGCGGGUAUUGGAUUAUCUCUCACCGUUUGGCAGCUCAUAUGCGCGUGUGCCGCAUGACACUGAGGCGAACCAUCCGUUGGUCGCGCCUGGGCUACAUGACCCAUCGGAAUUCGAACUACAUGACUUCGACGAUGACGAAGACCUGGACAGCGACGGAGAUGGACUUGGUAAGAAAGUAUCUUCGAGGCCAAAACCAAGCCCGAUUGAUCGCGCAGGGCUUGUAGUGCGGACAGAAAGUCGUGAGCGCUUGAGUGACGCUUUCGCUGGUGGCGGUGGCAGAAAUGCUGGUGGUGUCUCGAGGACGGGCAGUCCGAAACGGCACUUGUGA